AUGGCCUCCAAUAUAACCGCAGAAACUCAUGAAUUUGAUUUAAUCGAUGAUCCAAAUUUUUGUCCUCAUGAACGAUUACACCAAAAACAAUUUGAGUGUGGUGAUUCAUCUAAUAUUAUCGAUAUGGAUACUGAAGUGAAUACAUCCACAGAGCAGGGAAUAACAGAUGAUGACGACUAUUCAACAACGUCUGUUACCACAAUGACAACAAAUAAUCCAAUUUCAUCAAAUGUGACAAACAAUAUAUCUGAAACAAUGUACGCUCUCGAUCGUAAAGAGGUUCCUGGUGAUGGUUCAUGCUUAUAUUGGUCUUUUCUCUAUGCAAUGUCAUUAUUAUGGUUGACCGCACAAGAUUUACGUAACCUAGUGGCUCAUUAUAUUUUACAAAUGGAUAUUGAUGACAGCAAACUGCAAUUUGGUGCCGAUUGUCAAAAUCGUCAACAAUAUUGUGAUAAAAUUAGAAGUGGAGCUUGGGGUGGUGAAUCUGAACUUGUAGCUUUAUCCCGAAUGUAUCAUAUAAUCAUUAAAGUUGUUAAUUUGAGAAGAGAUCAGCAACAAAAUUUACCAGUAAAUCCGAUAAAUCACGGUGAAGAUGAUAAAUCAUGUACCAAUUGUAUUUACAUUAUUUUUGACAAUGCAAAACUCCAUUAUGUGCCAUUAUAUCUAUAUAACAAAGAAAAUUUACAAGAUAAAAGAACUAUUUUCGAUCUUCAUGAUACCUGCGUAGAUAUUCUUUUGCCUGACUUCGUGAAAAAUGAGAUCGAUUUAUACGACAUAUUAUCAGAAAUACGAAAUGUUGCACCUUGUGAAACACAUGAAUUUCGUACUGGUGAACAUCCUGGUAAUGAUCAAACUUUUUAUGCAGCUUCUACCUUUCUAUUUGAUCGAUCGAAAAUGAUUAAUGUUAAAUGUUUACGAAAAAACGUAGCUGAUGUUAUUCGAAGUCACACUGAUACCGAUGGUAUUCAUGUACCGCCAAGCUUGGAUUAUCAAAAUCGUGAAGAUUAUUGUCGUAAAGUCGAAGAAGGAAUUAUCUCUGGGAGAGAACCAGAACGGAAUGGUUUAAGUUAUUUGUAUCCUGAUACCUUAUUUUGUAUCAUUUCAAAACCAAACAUGAAUAACAAUGCACCUUGUAUUGAUAUUUAUGUUAAAGAUAUUUCAUCAUACAAGAAAUGUAUUAUUAUACUUUAUGAUGAAGCAAGUGAUAUCUAUAUGCCUUUAUAUUUACAUAACAAAAUUAAUGAUGAAGAAGAAAAAAUUAAUUUUAAAUAUGAUGAUACAGUGAAGAAUCUUCUUCGUGAAUUUAUUCAAAAUAAACUUAAAUAUUGGGGAUAUGUUAAUUUUGACAGCGAAAAAGAUAACCAUGCAAUGGAUUCACCACUUCAUAUUGAAAAUGAAUCCGAUGAUCUGUCUGGAAUGAUUAACGAUACUUUUAUUAAAAAUAAAUCAAAGGAGCAAAAUAUGAAGAAACGUAAAGCACCAGACAACAUUUGGUCAUUCACAUCUUCUCGUCCUGUUCCUUCAACUAAUCAAAUGUCAACAUUUCAUAAAAGAAAUGAUAUAUCAGGGAAUAUUGAUACAUUGUUGCAAAUAGCUACCAUUAGAAAAUUAAUGGAAGAACAACAACAGAUGGAAGAUUUGUCACCUACUUUAUCAACGAAUACAAGUGUUCCUGCUUGUCGUGAACAAAUGAGACUUGAAACUGACCUUAUAAAAGAAUUUCGUGCCCGUGUAUUAAGUGAUUACGUGCCAAAGAGUGAAACGAAGCGUGAUGGUACAAAAGCAAAACUAAGAAACCCUUCCUAUUUUCCCGAUUGUAAUAAUCAACAUUAUUUGAAUUUAUUGAUUCCAACAAUGCAUUUAUUUGCUGAUCUUAGGCAUGUAUGGAUAGAAAUCGCUUUAGUAACACGAACUAUCAAUGGAUGUAUUUAUUUCAAUCCAUUAUUUGAUUUUUAUCCAUACUACGAUGGUUUAUACGGUGAUCCUUGUAAUCCAAUGUUUAUUAAACUUGAAGAUGAUAAAACGUAUCCAUUGACAAAAUAUACAGACGAAUUACAAAAACUGAAGUUAAAGUUAGUUGUAAUAAUGCUUACAAACGCUGAAUUAGUGAAAAAACAACCAUUGAAAGUAUUUCCGUCAUUGAGCUCAAAUGUACAAAUACAGGACACAAAACACAGAGCACACGAUAAACUGAAAAAUGAUUUUCAUUUGAAUGAUCUUCGUUUUGCUAUAACUUUAUGGACUCAAGAACCUAACGAUAAAGAACAUCAACGACGUCCUGAUAUUCAAUAUAUUAGUCCGAUUUCAACACAGGAUAAGAAGUUCAAAGUUAAAGGAUAA